UUAUUAUUGGAUUUUGGCGCAUAAUCUCGGCGUCUUCAAUCUGAUUUUUGCGCAAUUUGGCCAAGAUUCAUUUUCGAGAAUGAUGUCCAAGAAGUUGAACACGAGUGCUGGGGGAACGCCCACAAACACAUUGUUUAAAUAUUUUUCCAAAUCGCCCGCUGUCGACAAAAAGAAACUGACACCGAGCGUAAAUAAAGAUCUCGAAUCCGCAGAGAAAGAAAGUCCUAGAAUGAAGCAACCAAAACUAGAUGAUUCAAAGAAUUCUAAAUCGAAGGAACCGUCUGCCAAGAAGAAGUUGUCCACUUCACCAACCGCAAAGACAAGCCCAGACUCCAAAGGAAAAGAUAAGCUCAAGAAGAAAGACACAAAGUUAGAGAAUCCUAAAAAUUCCAAACCAAAGGACUCCACACCGGUGGCAAAGCGAAAGUUGCCCGUUUCCGACGAUGAGGCGCCCAAUGGACAGCGCAAGCGAAAGCGCAUUGUUCAGCCAGAAUCGGAAAGCGAGUCGGAAAUGGAUGAAACCAAAUCGGAGGAAGACUUCUCCGAUUGCGCCUCUGACUACGAGCCGGAUGGUAAUGAAGUCAGCGACGAUAGCGCCAGCAGCGGGGACGAGGAGGUAUCGCCCAGCGAAAACGACAUGUCCAUAGACUCUCCAUCACCCAAAAAAUCACGCAAAAAGUCCAAAAUCCUAAAUAACAACAAUAAUGAACCUUUGAGCAAGAAGGUCAAGUUGGAAACAUCUACCCAACUUGCCGAGGGUUCCACUUUCCAAGAGAAACUGAAGAAUCUGCAAAGCAAUGCCAAAAAGGACGCUUCCUACGACGAUAUAGUGACCACCACAUCCACUCUAGAUGAGCCUGUUGUUUGGCCACACCAAAAACUAGAUUUCCUGCAGCCUGACAAGAUCAAGGACAAGGCGGGAAGGCGUCCAGAUCAUCCAGCCUACGAUAAGAGCACCCUGCAUGUUCCAGAGAAGUUCCUCAAUGGGCUAUCGCCAGGAGUUCGCCAGUGGUGGGUUCUUAAGUCUGACAACUUCGACUGCGUUUUGUUCUUUAAGGUGGGAAAGUUCUAUGAGUUGUAUCACAUGGAUGCUGAUGUAGGUGUGACCGAGCUUGGCUUCACCUACAUGCGCGGAGAGUUUGCUCACUCCGGUUUUCCGGAAAUAUCCUUUGACAAAAUGUCCACCAUCCUUGUAGACAGGGGCUUUAAGAUUGCACGCGUGGAGCAAACGGAAACUCCGGACAUGAUGACCGAACGUUGCAAGCGAAUCAAAUCUACCAAGUUUGAUAAAGUGGUGGCUCGCGAGAUCUGUCAGAUUACAAAUCGUGGCACCCAGGUCUUUGGCUCACAGUGCAAGAUCGGACCAAAUCAUAAGCCAAACUAUAUGUUGGCUUUAGUUGAGAAGGACGAGGGCACUUGGAGCCGCUUUGGUGUGUGCUUUAUAGAUACCUCUAUAGGGGACUUCCAUAUGGGAGAGUUCGAGGAUGAUAAGAACUGCUCCCGUCUGCUCACCCUCCUUUCACAUCAUAUGCCCGUGCUGCUUCUCAAUGAGAAAUCCGCUUUGAGUCAGCGAUCCCAGCAAAUUGUGCGCACGGUACUGGGUGGAAUUCUCAAGGAGCUGGUUCCCAGUAAUGGAUCCCAGGCUUGCAGUGCAGAAAAAACCCUUAAACUUUUGGCAGAGCGCUACUAUGCAGGAAACGGUUCAGAUGACAACUGGCCAUUGGUACUGCGCACCAUGCAGUCAGAUUUGGAUCACUUGGGCCUCACACCCAAUGAUAAUUACAAGCUUGCCUUAAAAGCUCUCGGAGAGUGCAUCUUUUUCAUCCACAAGUGCAAACUGGAGCCCAAGGUGAUGCCGAUGGCACGUUAUCAAUUAUAUGUGCCACCAGAUCAAGUGCCAGAUGCCAAGCCGGCUGCGGCCUCAGCUUUAAGACGUUCCCACAUGGUACUAGAUGCCACUACUUUAUCGAACCUGAGGAUUAUUGGCGAGGAGCACACAUUGCUUUCCACAUUGGAUCAUUGUUGCACAAAGUUUGGGAAACGCCUUUUGCAUCACUGGCUUUGUGCCCCCAGCUGCGAUGUGGAGGUUAUUAAGGAGCGACAAGAUGCAAUUGGAGAGCUGAUUAGGAUGUCAGCCGAGCUGCAGGAGGUUCGUGCUUUGCUUGCACCCAUGCCGGACUUUGAGCGAAAUCUGGCGCAGAUUCACUUAUUUGGUAACAAGCAAAAAGAUCACCCUGAUUCCCGGGCUAUUCUCUUUGAGGAAAAGAUAUACAACAGGCAAAAACUACUGGGAUUCAUGUCGGUUCUUAAGGGCUUUAACGCACUUACGAAACUUCCUACGAUGUUUCAUCAGUGUGAAACAGCUUUGUUGAAGAGGCUUACUCAGCUGCCAGAGUCUGGAGGAUCGUUUCCUGAUCUUAGUAAGGAGCUAAACUAUUUCGCUACGGCUUUUGAUCACGAAGCAGCUGCCAAAACCGGUGUGAUUGCACCUCAAGCUGGAAUGGAUGCUGAGUACGAUUCAGCUAUGGAUGCCAUAAGUGAAAUCGAGGGUCGGCUAAAGGUAUAUCUUGUAGAGCAGGAGCGCCACUUUGGUUGUCGUUUAUCCUACUUUGGAAGCGACAAAAAACGUUACCAAUUAGAUGUGCCAGAAAGUCAUGCUAGCAAAGCCAAUAAGUCCUAUACAUUGGAGGGACAAACUAAGGGCAAGAAGCCAUGUCGUCGUUAUACCACCGCUGAAAGCCGAGCUCUGCUCAAGGAUAUGCAGCAUGCUGAAGAUACCAGGAACAUGGUUCUCAAGGAUUUGGCGCGUCGCCUCUUCGAGAGGUUCUCUAAUCAUUACGAACAGUGGAAGCAAUGCAUCGAUUGUGUGGCCAAACUCGAUGUCCUGUGCUCCCUGGCGGAGUACGCCGGUCAACAGAUGGUCAUCUGCGUUCCAGAGCUGGUCUCUGGAGUAGAGCAACCGUUUAUCCAACUGGAAGAGGGCUAUCAUCCUUGCGCAAAUGCCUCCACCUACAUUCCCAAUGGGUUGGAAUUGGGCACAAAAUCGGAGGCCCCGUUGUCUUUACUCACUGGUCCAAAUAUGGGCGGUAAAAGUACGCUGAUGAGAGAACUGGGACUGUUGGUUAUCAUGGCGCAAAUUGGUGCUCACAUUCCAGCUGCUAGCUGCCGCCUCUCUUUGGUUGACCGAAUUUUCACACGACUAGGAGCUCAAGAUGACAUUCUAGCUGGGCACAGUACUUUCCUCGUGGAGCUUAACGAAACCUCACUUAUUCUCAAACAUGCCACAUGUCAUUCGCUUGUGCUGCUCGAUGAAUUGGGUAGGGGAACCGCCACCUAUGAUGGUACAGCCAUUGCUGCCUCUGUGGUUAACUUCCUGGCCAAUCUCAAGUGUCGCACUUUGUUCUCCACUCACUACCACAAUUUGAUUGAUUUCUUUCACGAUGACAAGAGGAUAACUCUGGGUCACAUGGCUUGCAUGGUGGAGAACGAGGACAAUGAGGAUCCCACCCAAGAAACGGUCACGUUCCUAUACAAAUACACAGCAGGUGCCUGUCCGAAAUCGUAUGGUUUCAAUGCUGCCAAACUAGCCGGAAUGCCUCAAGGAAUUAUCAAGCGGGCCUAUGAGCUUUCUAAGAAAGUUGAAGCCAUUGCUCUGCAGCGCAAGAUUACGGCAAAGAUCGUAGCUGCCACAGCAGGAAGUGAAGAUUCCAAGAAAGAGAAACUUAACACUCUAAAAGAUUUACUAAAGCAACUAAAAAUGUGCCAGGUUUAGGGCUUAGUUAGUUUGAGGCUAUAAGAUAUUUAAAGGGCAUUCCAACUUUUUUUUGCAUGUACUUAUUGUUUGUUAUAAGGCAGCUCUACUGUAUUGUCAAGUAUACGUUGCUUUUUAAGCAAGAAUGAUCCAUCUUAAGUUUAAAUUAAAACAUUUGCCGUUGAGUUUCUGUAGAUUAUUUGGUAUCCCUAACACCAUUAUAUAUGAAGUUGCUUGUCGUUAGUUGCCACUGUUUAAUUCUUGUUUAUUAUAAUUAUUAUUUUUUGUAUCACAGUAAAAAUUAAAAUUAAAACAAGUUCACAAUCAAAAUACACACACAGAUGAUAUUAUUCAAUACUUAUAAAUUAUAUGUUUCACAAUAAAUACAAAUAUUGCUAAGAAAUAUUGUAAAAACCACACAUAUGCGCUGUUAGAAUUCAAAUAAUACGACAUAUGAUAUUCUUUGUGAAAAA